UCUAUUUUUUUUAAUCACAUUAUACCAGGUUCACGUGGUAUUGGGGUUUUCUCCAGAAAAUGUCUCUCAACAGCCUCUGGCUGGCCUACUGCCCCCCUUCUUUCCUUUCUUCCCCUUCCCCCCCUCCUUCCUUCUAAGUCCUGUGGUUUGUUUGUUUAUGGCAGAAAGAACACGGAAGCCUGAGGAAGGGCCAGGGCUCGGCUUGUGCCCUCUGACCCGUUUGCCUGGGCCCUUAUCUAAGCUGACAGCUGUGGGGCAUAGGGCGGGCUGGGAGGGGUCCCCCGUGCCCACGGUGCAAACCCACCGUGUCUCUUCUUGUCCUCGUGCUCUUGUGUCCUCCCCCCGGGGUGUGACCUCCCUGUGCUCCCAGGUCUCUGUCACCAUGCCGUGGGGAACAAGGUUCUCUGACGGAGCAGUGGGUGUGGAGGAGCCAUUUAACUUUGUCCUUAGGGUUUUCUCUUGGGAAACUGGGACCCACAGAGCAAAGGCUGCUGACGGAAGGCUCCAGACCAGCCCCAGGGCUGGGGCUCCCUCCCUCUCAUCCUCGUGGUUGGGGACAUUAGGGUCUAGCAAGUUUCAGCUGCUGUUUUGGCCUUGGCUUUUAGGAUUUUAGGAGAUUCUAGGACUUUGAAAGGAAAUGGGACAGUGAGAGCAAGUGGUUUUGGUCCAUUUGAAUGAGUCCAGGCUGAGGCUGAUGGUGUUGAGAGGGUUCGUUACUCCUUCGAGUCCCUUCGCUUUUCCCUCUUUUAGCAGCGAGCAGAGAGUCCGUGCCCCGAGUCACACUGACGGUUGUCCACACCUGAGGUGUGACUGUGACGAGUGCAUGGCAGCAAAAAGGACUUGCUCCUCCUCCUCGUGCCAUCCGAGGAAGCGCUGGCCAUGUGGGCAGAGGUUCGCGUCGGGUGACCACACGUCACGAGGCGGCGCUACCACCCUCAGAGCCACCCUGCACUCUCCUUAGAGAAAACAGCUCCCCCUGCCUUCUGGGGCUUCUCCCGAGUCUGAGCUCUCUGUGGCCUCCAGGUCACCGCCUGUUGUAGGAUCCUGGUCUUGAGCACUAGUGGAGGAACCUAAAGUGGAAGGCCACCUCUCAAAACCCACCUCAGGCCACUCUUUCAUCAACAUUCUCGUCAGAUGUGUCAAAAAUGGAUGCAAAGUUCAUCUAUGAUUCAGAUGAACCCGUGAACAUUUGAAAGGUUCCCGAAGAGAGACAACCGCACAUAAAUGUCUUAUAAAGGAAGGCCAUCUAGAGUUUAAGGCUGAUGUGCAGGUGAAAACCCAUGUUUGUGGGAAUGUGUGUAACCCAAUGCAGUGUUCAUGGCUGUGGCUGCAUCAGACCCCAACCCUGAGCCAGCGAGGAAACACCUUGUCUGUGAAUGUCUACUUCUUUUGUGGAAGAGCCGUGUAGAAAAGUGGAGAAUUCACACCAAAGGCAACACUGUUACAUGGGGCUACGGCCUGUUGAUUUUUGAGGAGGUACUCGGCUAAGACACCAGCGCCAGCUGCACCUGGCCAGGAGUCUAGUUUCCUUGUGGGAAGUCUCGUGGAUUUGACAUGGCUGCAGAGGACACGGCCUCGACCCGGCUGGGGGCCGGGAGGCAGCACCUCCGUCCACUGAAGAGGAGGGGCUUGGUGCUGCUGAGACUCACGGCCAUCGUCUUUGCUGUGCUUCUCUUUUGUGAAUUUCUAAUCUAUUACCUAGUGAUCUUCCGGUGCAGUUGGCCUGCAGUGAAAACUCCCGCGGAUGCCGGUGGACUCGGGACCCCUGAGCCUGUGCUCAGGGCCAUGUUCUUGGCUGACACCCACCUGCUCGGUGCUGUGGGAGGCCACUGGCUGGACAAAUUACGGAGGGAGUGGCAGAUGGAGCGAGCCUUCCAGACGGCACUGUGGCUGCUGCAGCCCGAAGUCAUCUUCAUUCUGGGAGACGUCUUUGACGAAGGGAAGUGGAGCUCCUCCCAGGCCUGGGCGGACGACGUGGGGCGCUUCUGGAAGAUCUUCCGACACCCGCCCCAUGUGCAGUUGAGGGCCGUGGCCGGUAACCAUGACAUCGGCUUCCACUACCAGAUGAACACAUACAAAAUAAAACGAUUUGAGAAAGUUUUCAACCCUGAAAGGCUGUUUUCUUGGAAAGGAAUUAACUUCUGUGUCCCAGGGACACAGUCGCCAGUGGACAGCACAGGUGGCCCAUGGCUGAUCUCCUGCCCUUGCCUCAGUUUCGUGAUGGUUAACAGCGUUGCACUGGAAGGGGACAGCUGUGAUAUCUGCUCUGGAGCAGAGGCUGAGCUCCUGGAAAUCUCUCACCGGCUGAACUGCUCCCGGGAGCAGGAGCAUCGCCCCCAAGAGUGUGGAGACAGGCAGCGGCUGCCGGCCUCGGCCCCCAUCCUCCUGCAGCACUUCCCGCUUUACCGGAGAAAUGACGCCAACUGCUCCGGGGAGGACGCGGCAUCCCCCGACGAGAAGUACACCCCCUUCAAGGAGCGCUAUGACGCGCUCUCCCAGGAGGCCUCGAGGAAGCUGCUGUGGUGGCUCCGGCCGCGCCUGGUCCUCAGUGGCCACACGCACAGCGCCUGCGAGGUCCUGCACGGGGCCGACGUCCUGGAGGUCAGCGUGCCAUCUUUCAGUUGGAGGAACAGAAACAACCCCAGUUUCAUCAUGGGCAGCGUCACGGCCACAGAGUACGCCCUUGCCAAGUGCUACCUGCCCUACGAGGACACGGUUCUGACCACGUACUGCACGGCGGCCGGGGGCCUUGUGCUCCUCACGUUAGUCCACGCUGGGCUUGUAGCCUCACCUUUUCAUUUCGGUUGGAACAUGCUCAGAAAAUUUAAGACCACGCCAGACACAAGCCUGGAACCCUUGUCUUUUUCUCACUGUUCGUUUACGAUGAGACCUGUGGUCAAGUUAAGUGGUUCAAAAACUUUGACUAAGGGAAUGGGUGACCUUGGAAAAGUCUUUAAAUUGCCAGAUAAUUGAGAAACAUGUUUUCUGGAGAGAAAAAAACAUCCUUGGUUCCCCGAAAGAAGCUUGUGAUGUGGGUGUGGCAUUUUGUGAAAUGUGGAUGAUUAACGUGUAUCAUUUAUAUUUAUAUAAAUUUAUAUAUAUAUAUAUAUAUUUAUCAAGGAGUAUUGUUAAAAAGUACCAACCUGAUAAAAUACCCUAAACUCUAUACACCAUUCACUCCCUUUCUCAGAGCAAGCGGCAGUAUGAUGACAGCUGUUCAGCACAACAGAAACACGUUUCUUUUACAGGGACAGCCAUAGUCAAGGCACGGAGAUCUACAGGGAUUCUCCUUGAGUAGUUAUACAAAAUAAUAUUACAUUUCGUGGUCUGUACAGUGUAAUAAACCAGCAGUAAAACAACAAAAAGAACCUAUGAAAGGAGGCCGUUGCCUGAGCAGCGUGAGUCUGGGGACCAUCGUGGAUGGGACACGUGUGGCCAGAGCGGGGGGGGGGUUUCUGCUGAUGUGUGGAUGGUCAGAGGGGCUCUGACACAGAGGCUGAGGCCAGCCGCCCCUGGAGACAGGACUGAAGGGGGUUCUGUCCCCACUGCGGCUUGGGGCUCCUCUGAGUCGUGGGCCCAUGGGGUCAGAAGGGCGACGCCCCAUCACGCUUGGGCCAGUGCGUCUCCCCAUCCGCCAAGUUCUCCACGAGUCGGGGCCCCCUCACCCCCACACAGGGCAGGGUGGUGGGGGCAGAGGUGGCCGGGGGCCCGGAGGUCACGCGAGCCCGCACAAUGGACGGGGACUCGCUGCUCUGUGCCGGUGGCCCUGGGGCGCGGGGCGGGGCUGGGGGGCUCACAGGAGCUCGUACUGCUUGAGGUGCAUCCGCUGGAUGAUGUCCCUGCAGUCGUUGAAGACGCGGCGGAUGUUCUCUGUGUCCACGGCACACGUGAAGUGCGGGUAGCAGUAGUGCUUGCCGUCGCCCGUGGCCGUGCUGAUGCGCUGCGGAGAUGCAGCCCGUCAGCUCCGGGGGACCGAGGGCCGGGGGUGGGGGCGUCUGUGUCAGGGCUGAGCCCCCCAUUUCUCACUUUUUAUGUAAGCUUGAAAUCAUCUCAAAAUACAGAGUUUUUUCAAAAAGGGAACAUCUGAACCUGAGCAGGUCCGCUUCCAUGUGACCCUUGAGCUGAGGAGAGGCCACACCCCGCAUCCCACUGAAAGGCAACAUGCCAGCGGGGUCGGUCAUCUCAGUGCUGCCCCGGGGCCUGUACCCUGCCCGUUCCUGCUGGGAAGUUGUGUGACCUGAGGCCGGAAGUCCGACCUCUCUGAGCCUCCGUGUGCUCAGCUAUGAGAUGAGGAACGACACCUUCCCAUCCCUCAUUGUUUGGGGGAGAUUAAAUAAGCUCGUGAGAGACUAAGUGCAAAGAGCAGGGUCACCCUAAGGUGGCAGGACAGCAAAGGGCAAGGAAAAUGCUCACCAAGAACAGAUCCCGGAUGAAGAACUUAGCUCUUGUGACUUUGGGAUCUUCUCCCGCAUCUGGUGUCGCUGUAGAAAAUCAAAGGGAAUUUUAUUUAAAUGACAUGACACACAGAUACAGCUGGAUGGAGGCUGUGCACACAGAGCACGGAAGCACACGCGCCAUGCAGCCAAAGACUGAAACGUGACCUUCGUCUCUCUCCUCCUCCCAGGUCACUUUGACUUCAACAGUGGUUUAUGUUUGGUGCCGGGUGAACAGCUUCUACUCAAGUCA